GCUGUGAUCACGGUGGUGUUGUCAGUCGUGCUGGCUUUGGCUCUUCUACCAGUCGCAUCGGAGUGGGAGGCAUUCUCUUUGACUGGAUCUGUAAUCGUCACGAUAUGUCUUGGAGCUGGUACUCUGCUGGCUAUGCACCACGCGCCUUUGUCUCUAUUUGCCCUGAUUCUGAUGGUUCACACAAUGAUGCCUAUAGCACGGUCCAUAGCGAUAGGAAUGUCUAUCGUGCUUACACUGGCGUACUCUGUGCUCCUUGUACUGUACCAGAAAGAUGAGCCACAGUUUUACCAACAGCUAAUCUGCGAGGAAGCCUUGCUCCUCUCCGCCACCGGCAUUGGUCUGUAUUACAGAGCUCUUACUGAAAGAGCCCAUCGGAACACUUUCGCCGGCACCAGAACCUGUCUGGAGCAAAGAGUGAAGCUCGAAUGUGAGAGCGAACAGCAGGAGAGAUUGUUGCUGUCCGUCAUACCGGCUUACAUUGCUGCUGAGGUGAAGCGUUCAAUAAUGCUCAAGAUGGCGGACGCGUGCGCUGACAGCUCGAAACAAACCCGUUUUCACGAAAUGCACGUCCAGAGACACAAUAACGUCAGCAUUCUGUACGCUGACAUUGUCAACUUUACACCACUGUCAGAACGACUCAGUGCCUCUGAUUUGGUGAAGACGUUGAAUGAGCUGUUUGGAAGAUUUGAUCAAAUCGCCCAGGAGAACCAGUGCAUGAGAAUCAAGAUUUUAGGAGACUGUUACUAUUGCGUAUCAGGAUUGCCCGUGUCUCGGCCCAAUCACGCUUACAACUGCGUCAAUAUGGGACUGCAAAUGAUUGAUGCUAUACGGGUAGUACGUGAGGCUACCGGCUUUAAUGUGGACAUGCGCAUAGGUAUCCACACAGGCAACGUGCUAUGCGGCGUUCUGGGGCUGCGCAAGUGGCAGUUUGACGUAUGGAGCGAUGACGUCACACUUGCUAAUCAUAUGGAAUCAGGAGGUAUAGCUGGGCGAGUACACAUCACUAAACCGACGUUACUCCAGCUUGGUGGUCGGUUUGAGGUGGAGACAGGAGAUGGCGCGUCCAGGGAAGGGUAUCUCGCUGACCAUAAAGUGGAAACUUAUCUUAUUAUUCCGCCUAAGAAGCCACCAGAAAACGGCCGCCUCUCUGUGUGUACAGUGGACCGCAAAGCUAGCAUAGUCUCCUCGUUGUGCAACGAUACGUCGCCCACAAAGCCCAAGGGCAGCAUAAGUCCUGCUCCUUCGCAGCAUAGUUUCCAGGAAACUGAGGUUCCUAGAGGAGUACUCAGGACUGAGUCAAUGAGAACUAGUGGACCCACUGGUGAUCUCAGUCGCCGAGCUUCAGUGAAAGUCGAGGCGAAGACCGUGGCCUUCGAAGGCGGGACCCCGGCAGUCAGUCCUGGUCCUGGUGAAAGUCUCACCAAUGGUGCAGUUGUCUCUAUACCAAAACCGAAGAGUCGCAGCGGGUCUAUUAUUGGAGCAAUUAGCCCCAUUAUGGGGACAGCGACUCCCGGAGUGCCAACCAGAUCUCGUCCAUCUAGCAAAAUGACGAAGUACGUCGAAUGCUGGGGUGCGGACAAACCAUUUGCCAACAUCACUGAUUCUACUCUUGCCAAAAAUAUUGGAAUUUCUAGUCUUGCCAUGAUAGAGCAAAACUUACUACCUCAAAGGACGACUUGCUGCGAUUGUAGCAACAAUGCGGAAGGCAUGAACAAAUUGACUCUCUGGUUCAAGAAAGAUCAACAAGAGAAGCAAUACAGGAACCAGUCAGACCCUCAGUUUAAAUACAACGUCGCCUGCGCAGUCGCGCUAUUCAUGUUGCUCGCUAUGAUACAGAUUAUUAAUGUUCCCAAAGGAAUAGUUCUAUAUGCGUCUUUCGGACCGACGUUUAUAACGCUUUUAGUCUUCGUUUACCUCGCAUGGAACGAUGGCCAUCUUCUUGGUAGAGGGAUGCAUCCUUUGUCUGAUGUUCCCGAUGACAUUUACGCUGACAAUUGCACCAAGCCCGGACAGGUGGUGGCCAGCAACCGUUACAUAAGACUGACAAUGUUCCUAGUAUCUGUACUGCUCAUAGCAGCGUGUGCUGUAAUAAACUUGUACCAGCCAGACAUUGCUUUAGACAUCACGGAUUUGAUUAGAAUCGACAAUGUCUCUGUGUCUAUUCAACCGGCACCUGGUAUUAGAAACGAUACUUUUAACAUGACAUCAACAAACAGCACUAUGAUAAAAAUUGAUGACAUCAUGAGAAUGAAUUUUAACAGCAUAUCGGACUCUGUGCCUAGCUACUUGUACAGUUCAGUACUGACAAUAGCGUCAAUAUCAGUAUUCCUGCGAGUUGGAUUCGUGCUGAAGCUGGUUGUUAUGGUUUUAACAUUGAUCUGCCACAUCAGCCUCUUUUCAUGUUCUACACUCUUUUGGUAUUAUCAGACUACGAAAGACGAGGACCUUUACCACGAGAGGUACUCAAGCAUAGCGGUGAUGUUCGCCUCGAUCCCCAACUACAAGGAGUUCUAUGACGAAACCGACGUGAAUAAACAAGGCCUCGAGUGUUUGCGGUUGUUGAACGAAAUCAUUUGCGAUUUCGAUAAGUUACUCUUAAAACCGAAGUUCAGCUGCAUAGAAAAGAUAAAAACUAUAGGAAGUACAUAUAUGAUAGCUUCCGGCUUGCGACCUGGGAAAGAAGAGCAACUGGAUGCGAACAGGAAAGAAGAGCACACAGUAGCAAUCCUGGUGGAGUUUGCGAUCGCCCUGAUGACUAUCCUUGAUCAGAUCAACAGGGAAUCUUUCCAGAGGUUCAAGUUAAGGAUAGGUCUUAAUCACGGACCAGUAAUAGCCGGCGUGGUUGGGGCGCAGAAGCCCCAAUACGACAUUUGGGGCAACACCGUCAACGUCGCCUCUAGGAUGGACUCCACUGGAAUUAUGGGCAAAAUUCAAGUCACGGAGGAUACCGCGAAAAUAUUAAUGAACGCUGGCUACACUUGCGAGUGCAGAGGGCCUACGUAUGUUAAAGGGAAAGGUACUUUAGUAACGUAUUUUGUGAAAACUCCUAAUAUAGGUUAGGGACACAUUUCAUAAUUAAGUAGUCACUUUUAAAUGUACAGUCAACAAUACGUUGGGCUGCGCUUUCGACUUUGAAUCGUUCUCAUUGCGAGUGACAUUUACUUGAAUUAAAAUUUUAAUUGUAAAGCCCAACGCGCUGUCGACUAUGUAGCUGUAAGUUUCGAAAAAUA